CAUUCCAGGAUUUAGUGAAAGGUUUCACUUGCUUUGCUGAAGACUAAUCAUCGAGGACUUUCGAACAGCUUUUCUCAAUUCCUUUUUUUCCUCAAGUAAUGGACAUUUGAUUACUAUUUUUGCCUCCAGUUCCCGAAGGAAAGGCUUUCAUAGCAUAGCAUUUAGCUGUUACAGCCCCACCCAUAAAGAGGCCUCAUUUGAAAAUUAAAACGACAUAAAAAUGAUGAAAUGUGAGCUGUAAGUUCCUGAAAAAGUACACCAUAAUAUACCCGAGACGCUGAGGAUCUGUAGUAACCAUAACAUGGCGGGGGGACCAGUUGACCCCAGGGAGAUUUUGAAAGGUGUCGAGGCCCUUCUGGGGAAGGAUGGAGAGCUGCGCAGCCUGGAAGGAGUCCCAAAGGUGUUCGGGCUGAUGAAGGCUUCUGCUAAGAUGGCCAGCAGGUGCAUGUACCUGAACAUCUUGCUGCAGACCAAGUCUCACGAUGUCCUCAACAGGUUUAUCCGGGUCGGGGGUUACAAACUGCUCAACGCCUGGCUGACCUACUCCAAAAGCAGCAACAACACCCCUCUGCUGCAGCUCAUCCUGCUCACGCUGCAGAAGCUGCCUCUCAAAGUGGACCACCUCAAACAGAACAACACGGCCAAGUUGGUGAAGCAGCUGAGCAAAAGUGCAGACACUGAAGAGCUGAGGAAACUGGCAGCUGUGCUGGUCGAUGGCUGGAUGGCUACGAUCCGCUCUCAGAGCGUGUCGGGCAGCGGGACAUCUACUGCCGACAAAAAGAAGAAGAGAGAAGAGAGCAAAGUCCUGGUGAGAGAUGUGAAGGAGAAGAGCGGAGACGAUGAAAAGAAGAAGGAGAAACCCAAAGCUCACGCCCCCAGUCACACUAAAAUUCGCUCCAUAGGACUGGAGAUGGAGACUCCCACCCCGACCCUGGCCAAGAAGACCCCCCCUGCCCCCCAGCUGGGCAACAAGUACAACAUAAAGCCCCCGUUACUCAAGAGGCCCAGCACUGGUCCCUCAGACGCUCCACCUCUUGAGAAAAAGUACAAACCUCUGAACACCCCGUCCAACUCGACCAAAGAGAUCAAAGUGAAGCUCAUUCCAGCGCCACCGAUGGAGGGCACAGGGUUUCUGGAUGCGCUGAACUCUGCCCCGGUGCCUGGGAUCAAAAUCAAGAAGAAGAAGUCUGGUGCUGGUCCGGCUAACGCCAAAGCUGCCUCACCUACGUCAAACAAGACAAACCCGUUUGACAACAAAGCAGCUGGGUAUUCUUCGUCUGCCGCCAAACCCUCGUCUCCAGAAGCAGCUGCCGCCGUCUCUUCUGCCGAUGAGAAGCAGGAACCGGAGCAGCCGGGGACCCCGGUCCCAGCUGAGGACCCCGAGACCUCCAGCAGUAGUGAGAAGCCCAACGCUCUGGCAGAGCCCAGCGGAGACGACGACAACCUGACGAAGAAGGGCAAGAAGAAGAAGAACGUCCACUGGGCUGAGGAGGAGCAGCUCAAACACUAUUUUUACUUUGACUUGGACGAAACGGAGAGAGUCAACGUGAACAAGAUCAAAGAUUUCGGCGAGGCGGCCAAGAGGGAGCUCAUGAUGGACCGGCAGACGUUUGAGAUGGCUCGGCGGCUGUCGCAUGACGCCAUGGAGGAGAGGGUGCCCUGGAGCCAGCCCAGACCUCUGACUCUGAUGGGAGUCCUGGUGACCCCGGGGGCCAGCAGCUCGGAGAAGCUCACCCAACGAGAGCGGGAGAUGAGCAUUCUGCAGGAGAUCUUCCUCAGCAAGGAGAGUGUUCCUGACAGUCCACACGAACCAGAUCCUGAGCCCUAUGAGCCCAUGCCCCCCCGGCUCAUCCCCCUGGACGAGGACUCCUCCAUGCUGGAUGAAAGCUACGCUGAGCCCAUGGACACCUCGGCCCAGCAAAACUCUGUCCUGAACCCCAACGAAACCUCCAAGCUGCCCCCGGUCCUGGCCAACCUCAUGGUCAACCUCGGCGGCAGCGCACGCAGCCCGCAAGCCCCCAGCGCCCCCAACAACCCCGCCGUCAACGUCCAGGAGCUGCUGUCCUCCAUCAUGGGAGCUUCUGGGAACCAGUCUGCUGAAGACCUCAUCAGACAGCCCGACUUCUCAGACAAGGUCAAGCAGCUGCUGGGCUCCCUGCAGCAGAGCCAGAGUCAGAGUGGACCUCCAGCAGUCAGUCCAGGUCUCCUGGGACACGGUCCAGGCAACAACAUGCCCAUGCAGAUGCCCAUGAACGGAGGAUUCCCCCCCAACAAUUCACCUGGGGGGCCACGCUUCAACCACCCUCCGCCCCCCCACAACCACGGGCCACCAUUCAAUGUUGGCGGAGGCCCCCACAUGAUGGGACCACCACCAGGUCACGGCAGAGGAGGCAACGUUUUGGGUGAUGACUUCAUGAGAGGGGGGGCGCACAGAGGAGGAAACUUCCACAGAGGGGGGCGGGGUCGGGGAGGAGAGCUUCAGAGCUCCUCAGGCUUCAGGGGUCGAGGACGAGGAGGCCCCCGAGGAGGACACAACAACAUGAACGACAUGUCCAACAGGCCCGUGUGUCGCCACUUCAUGAUGAAGGGAAGUUGCCGGUACGACGCCAACUGUGCAUUUUAUCACCCCGGUGUGAACGGACCCCCGCUGCCCCCCAACCACCCCGCCAACCACAGGCACUGACUGACGUCGGAUGCUGCAUUCAGUGUUUUCUGUGAAAACUCGUCCUCUUUCGUCUCUUGUGGGACUCAGAAUGUAAAGUUGAUCUUUCCUCCUGGUUUUUAUUUUCUUUUGAUGCCGUCUGAACUGGAACAGUAAAAUAUUUGUAUGAAUUGUUCACGUUUUCAUUUUGUCUCGUUUUGUACCAGUGGACUGAAUAAAGGCCCAGCUCUACAUGACCCGUGUGUUCUGUGCACCUACACUCUGGAUGGCUCCAGGAACACUUUAUUUAGCAUUACCAAAUUAUUAACUGCACAUUUUAUAUACAAAGGUUUUUUUUAAUUGAUUCUUUAUUUUUAACAUGCAAACAAACAAAACUCCCACACAGGAUCAGUCACACAAACUAUAAACGGGCAGUGACAUGUUUUCCACAUACAACAUACAUGGCUGCCAUGUGUCCCAAGAUCUUUGAACAGAACCCUUCAGGGUAUAUCUGAUAUGAUCCAUCACCUCUCAUCCAAUGUAUAAAUGCUGGGGGGUGGGGGAGGCAGUCUGGUCAGAAGA